GAUGAUUUUUAUAUAUUUUUAUCUCUCUCUUUGUCUCUCUUGUGGAUAGACCUAUUUCUCUCUCUCUCUGGCUUAACUGGUUCAGCUUCAUUUGAUGAUUUAUAUAAAUCUUUUUCUCUGUAGGCUAUUUAUAAAGCUCUCUCUCCUCUGACUAGGCCAUUUAUGCCCAUCUCUCUCUCCUGACCAGCUGUUUAUAAAAGCCUCUUGUCAAGCCUUCUCAUAUAGGCAUAAAAUCCUCCAAUGUCUAAGGCUUGACCUUGCAUUUAGGCCUGGAAAGCCUAUGGUUUUGCAGAAAGAAGCUGUUUUUUAGGAUCUGAUUUCCUCCCUAGGCCUGUUGAUUCUCCAUUUCUUUCAUUUGGGGUUUUACUGAACAGCCUCUGAUUCAUGAGAGUUUUUAAUGGAGAUUUAAGGUCUCUGUUCUUCUAUUUCUUCCUUGAAUUCAUGCUUGGAACCUUCUCUUCCUGAGAAUUUAGUCGGUGUAGUUUUGUCUUGUGUACAGAAUCCUAUGAAGGCUUUUGUGCGUGAAAGUUUAUGAUUUGUUGGCCUUGUGAUUAUUAAUUCGAGGUUUCGAAUUACUUGAACUAUCUUAGAUUCCAAUCCUUUAGAUAAUUCAUUUCUUUCUUCAUUUUUCAUUUGAGUUUUGGAAGAGUUACAGAAAUUUUUUUGCAUUAGCAUUUGGGAUCUCUGGUUCAUAAAACUUUUUAUGCUCUGUGUACAUCUUAUUCCUUUUCAGCCUUCUCCUUCGAGACUUCAUUGAAUUUCAUUAAUCUCGAUUGCUUUUUAGGCCUUUCGGUUCCGGUUCUUGUAACUUCAAAGUACUCCUUGCAUUUUCUUGUCUUUCUGUGUAAUCUCAGGCUUUUCCUUGCUCUUAGUCAGCUAAAAUAUCCUGAAGUUUUAAGAUCUCUGAGGUUUCCUUUUCAUUCCUUGUUUACUUUCUUUUCUGGUUUUUAAUUCUUCGAAAACUCUAAUCCAUGCAAUUCUGAGGCACACAUCAAAAAAGUCAGAGAGAUGGGCUCUGUUUCAGAAGAUCGAAAAGAAUUGCUCUUGAAUGUUGCAGAAGAAGAAGAGUUUCCAAAAUUCACAAAGAUUAGAGUUCGAGAUUUAUCGUAUAAAUCGAGAACAGGGGUUCCAAUACUUUCAGGAGUUUGUGUUGAUAUUUCAAAGGGUUUGAUCGUGGGGAUUAUUGGGCCUAGUGGAAGUGGGAAAUCAACAUUUCUUAGAGCUCUGAAUAGGUUAUGGGAGCCACCUUCUGGUGCGGUAUUUUUGGAUGGUGAAGAUAUACAAGAUAUCGACGUUUUGAGCUUAAGGCGAAAAGUGGGCAUGCUAUUUCAGCUCCCUGCUCUCUUUGAAGGUACAGUCGCAGAUAACAUAAGGUAUGGCCCCUCUCUUAUGGGCAAGAAACUAUCAGAUGAUCAGGUCUCAAAGCUGCUGAGCCUUGCAGAUUUAGAUUCAUCUUUAGCUGAUAAAAAUGGUGGCGAGUUAUCGGUGGGGCAGGCCCAAAGAGUGGCUCUAGCAAGAACACUAGCUAAUGAACCAGAGGUUUUGCUCUUGGAUGAGCCAACAAGUGCUCUUGACCCAAUAUCAACUCAAAACAUAGAGGAUGCCAUUGUGAAGCUCAAGAAGUCUCAGGGCCUGACCACUGUUAUGGUUUCUCACAGUGUCAAGCAAAUACAACGAAUUGCGGACCUGGUUUGCCUCCUAGUGAAUGGUGAGAUUGUCGAGGUUUUGAAACCUGAAGAUCUUUCAGAUGCGAAGCAUCCAAUGGCACGAAAAUUCCUCGAGAUUAGCUCUUGAUAAAUCAAAAGAAAUGGGUAAUUGAAAGGAUGGUCACGAGUGCAUUGUUGGUUUUAUACCAAGUAUGAACUUUUCACUGAAAAGUUUGAUAGUGUAGGGAGCAAAGUUGUUUUUGUGAAUCAGACUAGCUAGUUUCUCCAAUUAGUGGGCUCAAAUUCUUGGAGAUUUUGAAGUGUUGAAUUCCAUAAAUGGGAGUUUCUUGGCAGAGUACAAGGUGUGAUGAUUUAAAUCAGGGCCAUGAAUUGGUCCUUUUGUGAAACAAAAGCAAUCAAUAAGCCAGAAAGUGUUUGUGUUAUUUUUACU